AUGUGUCUGAGGGUACCAGUACUGGUGCUGCCUAAAGUUGUGUGCAGAGGAGGCAGCUGCUGUUGGAACAGUGCAGGGGCUGGCAGCAGGCUGGCAGAUGCGUUCAGCAGUGUGAUGGCAGAGUCUGGCUCGCAUGGCUGCUACAAACCACAGAAUGAAGAAAACGUAGACCCACCUCAGACCUACAGCUCUUCCCUCUCGACACCAGAAUUCUCUGCAGCCGGGGACUCCUCCCUUCUGUACACAGCGUGGUCUGUGUGUGGAGAUGACAGCAAGCAGCCCGCUGCUCCUCAGAUGAACGUGAAGUCCAGAAUUCAAAUUGAAAGGAAUGAUUAUGGCAGCGAAGCAGAUUUAUAUGAGCUUGUGUCUAGCAUCUUGGAAGAGCAGGAUAAAUCCCAGCCAUAUUGUGCUGAGGGGAGUUGCUCUUCCAACUUCAAGUCGGUGUGGUCCAUGAAUGCUACGAGAGUCACAGACCAUCACUACCUGUUGUCAGAAACUAAAAGACCACUUGCUGCAGCUGUUUCCCAGCAGAGUUUUUACAGUAGUGAAUCAACAUCUGCUGCUGAGAAACAGUACUUGCAAAGUGGUAAUCUUGCACCACAGCAAAAAGCAGAGGAAUGUUAUCAUGGAUUUCCUGCUGCAGACCUCGAGGAGCAGCGCUUGUGCGCUUCUAGGAAUGAUUGUGCCAACUGCUGCAACAUGCAGGCUAAUGAGAAUAUUAAGGCAACACCUGUGUGUCAGAGCUACCCGUGUGUGAAAAGCACCUUCACGCCUCCUGCUGCUUAUUUGGAAGCAAUCAAGGACUCAGGAGCUGAUGCUUACUCCUACAGAAGAGAGAAUGCGUGUCCCAAAGGAGCGGAUGCACAGCUGCAACAAAAGCAGGCAGAAACACUCUCACAGUUUCAAAGAUGCAACGAAAAUGCUGAUUAUGGUAGAUAUGCUGAAUAUUCUCAUUUUACCAAAGCAAAGCCUACCAAGAGCAUCAGCUGUAGCUUCCAAGAAAGUAAAAAAAUAGUAAGUGAAAUGACUGAAGCAUCAUCUCUGGAUGUAGAACCCUAUUCUAAAUUAUUUCAAUUCAAAUCAGGUACUCAGAGAAAAAUAGAAACAAUUCCAGAUCAGCAAAACUUUACAUUCACCAAGGCUGCAGGACUCCUAUCAGAAAAGCAGUUUGCAAAUGAGCCUCUAUUCUGCAGUGAUCUGGGGCAAAAAUUUGAGUAUGGACUGAAUUCUCUUACAGCUUGUCCGGGGAACAGUGACUGUGCAAACGGUGUGGAUAAGCCACAGUUUUCCAAGUCUGAUCUUCAGAAUCCUGAGUACUGCAAACCACUUCCAUUAUUACCAAACUCAGCAAACUUGUCAGCAGGUGCCAGUGUAAGGCAGGCUUGGAUGAACUUCCAAGCCAAACCCGCUGUCCCACCUCAGAGUCCAAGCAUGGUGAAACUGAAUAAUCGUUUAUCUACUUUACAGAAAAAUUCCAGUCUCCCUAAUGACUUCUUGCAGUUAUCCUCUUCAAAUGUUCCUUUAAAUAGUAAUUUAUCUCACAAGAACUGUCAAGAUAAGUCUUUGUUCUUCUCGAGUCUUGAUUUUGGUUUUAACGCUUCAGAACGAGCUCAGUCGGCUGCUCUAAUGGAAGCACUGGCAAAGACUGGGGAAGAAAACCUCAUUGAGUUUUUAAGUGACAAGAAAUUAAUGCAACCAGAUAGAGGCAGCUCAGCUCAGCAGCUGGGGACCCUUGAAAACCUGAACAAGCACUGUUUCCAGUUGAAGCCACAGAGUGGGCAUUAUGAUGUGGAAGGACAAAAGCACUCAGACAGGUUGUUGCAGAACGCGUACCAGGAUUCGGUGGAAUCUCAGGGUCAGCUCAACCUCAGGCAGGGAAAUGGAGGUAAUAGUGCUGUCAGUCCCACCACUCAGGCAUCAAGCUUUGCCAACAGCUGUGUGAUGGCUGACUGGAAGCACAACCAUCAGCUUGGUUCAGCUGCUGUGCCCUUGAGAUCUGCUCGUCCAUUUGGCCGCCUGGUUGUCCCUCUGAUGGAGUCCUACAGCAUGUUCUCCAGUGACAGCUUAAAUUGCUUCUAUCCUUAUGUUAACGAUUUGAUGUGCGAUGUACCAGCGCUGGGAUAUCAAAAGCAAGUUAAAAUGCACAGUGGGACUGCCAGGGAACUCCGUGUUAAACUGGAAGAGUGUUACGAACAGUGCAGAGCUUUGGAGAAAGAAAGGAAGGAGACUGAAUCAGCUCUUGCUAAGAGUUACCCAGGGAAAAGCAUUUCCAGUAAUAACAACGCUCCAGUUCCAAGGCUGACAUCAAACUCAUCAAAAGUUGAUCGCUUAAUUGUGGAUCAGCUACGUGAACAAGCCAGAGUCGUGACUUUACUGGGGAAAAUGGAGCGCCUUCGCAGUUCUCCCCUUCACGUCAACAUUUCCACUGCUCUUGAUAAACAUCUGGAGGUGAUUCGUGUUGUGCAGAUGCGUAGAAAAUAUGAGAUUGUAAAUGCUUCCCAUCGACCAAAGCAAGGAGCUCCCAGGUGCCAAGAUGACCGAGACGUUUUAGCUCUGGUGUUGGCCAUCAGUGAGAUGAGCGCAGCGACGCGUCGCGUGCGUACGACUCUGUGGUGCGCCCUGCACAUGAGCCUGCCAAAGCCUGCAGCCAGACAGCUGCUCACAGCAAAGGCUCUUUGGGAGCGGGCACGGCCUGAAGAGAAGCGUGCGAAAAUCUGA